CUAGGCCAAAAGUCUCCAAGCAUCAAUUUAUGGGGAGAGCAGCCGGCGAUUCGUCGCUGUUUCGCGGCGGAAUCACAAUACGCCAAUCUGUGGUCUUCAUCUCCACCUCCAUCGUCGGUGUGUGGGAAUAGCGAAGCUUCUCUUCCCGCCGUUUUGGGAAAUUCCAUUCUGAAAGAGGUUGCAAAAGAAGUAAAGACGCCAGGACCACCUGGCUCUACGCUUCCUUCGCUUUAUUCAGUAAUCUCUUCGAAGCCCGCGCAGGCGCACUACCACUACUUUGGAUGGGAGUACAACCCAGAAGAUCCAGAUUUGUGUUUGCCGUUUCAGGAGCGAGAGAAAGUUUGGUCCGCUUCGCCUUCUUCCGCAUCUACUAUUUUCGGAAAUCCGCAGAUGAUCAAGAAACCAACCACAACUGCUUACCCGAUCCAUCGACUGCUGGUGGCCCCGAUAGAGGGAGAUAGAAAUGAGACAACUCCGGCGUCACUCCAUCCAGAAAUCAAGCGCAAAAUCGUACUCCGGAGCCCGGCGUCGGGCGCUUACGUGACACCAGCCGAGGAGGAGCAGAGGUGGCAACCCCGCGACUUGAUCCACAUCAGAAGAAGUCCGCAACUUGCAACUACUCCCGAGGAACAUGAAAUAUCGGCCGUAGCAGGAGAGAUGAAGACCUCCGAGCCUGAGCCGGAUCAACACGAAGACUGGCGGUACCGGCAAAACAUCUGGCAGUACUUCGACAGCGUUUUGGAGGAGGAGUACAAGGAAACGAGCCGUGCCGAAUUUGAGGACAAACAGAUGGAGCAGUACGGACAGAAAAAACCCGAUCUAACUUUUCAUUUGCGCAAAACCAAAAUGUGUGGGCGGAACUGCGACAGCGAUAAUUCCGAUAGUGAUCAUGCGGACCACGAACAAUCUCCCACGAGCGACUAUUUAGUACCGCAAGGUCGUGACGAAGAUUCUUCUACUUUUGAUUCCGAAGAAGAUGCCGCCAGGAGUAUUUGGUCUUCCGAAGAUGCUGAGGAAUACGAAUACUCACACGACGUCAAGAAUACCAACGUAAAUCCAAACUGCUAUGUGUGUCGAACUUUGCGUUGGUCCGACCUGCCGAUCGCCAUUGGCUUGCCACAAGGUCGUGCUAGCUCGCGGCGUGAACACCUAGGCGGAAUGUUUGGUGCGGAAUUAUCUCAAGCGUCGGAACUACGUGACUCACAGUCACAACAGCCGCAAAGUUGCGCUACGGUCGUUGACCGGUACGAAAAUGCUUCGGCUUUGGAGACCGAAGCGUUGAUCUUCCAGGACCAGGGAGUGUCGAAUUGUGCGUGCUAUCAGUCCCUGAACGAAGUGGAAACGUGGAUACUGGAUGAAAAGUUCCUGAAAGAUUUAAGGAGAAAGGCCUACGCGACUUUUCUGCUGUGGGACGAGGGACAGAAGGAGAAGUGUCGGAUGCGCAGCACGACGAGGGAUGUCUGCCCUGUGAAAAAUGGCGGAGGAAGAGGUUCUUUGCUAAAGCACAACAGUACAACUGAGGUACCAGCUAUGAAUCAUGGGUCACUCGCGGCCUUGUUUGAGAAACUAGAAAACUGGGAAAAAUCGCCGGUCCCUGGGUUUUCUUGCGGUCUAAGUGCCGGAAGACGAAGAACCAUGCUUGACUCCACCCGAAUGUUUAACCGGAUAAAAAAAGAGGACGAGAACGGGCAGCCGCUGUGGAACACAAUGUACAGCCAAGACAAGGAGCAAUUGCUCAGCGUUCACCACACGUUCAUCAAGCACGGGUUUGGCAACGAGGAUGGCAAGCCCGGCGACGCUCAGCCUACAGCUGUGGACGAUCUCCGAAGAGGAGAACAGCAAGGGAAGAACAAACGCUCGUCGAACGAGAAAAGCAAAACUCAAGCACGACGACACCGCCACCGACGACGGAAGCAUUGUGUGAUGCGGAAGUUGAAGUUUCGUUGUGGAAAGAGGUUGGCAAGAAGAAUACGGAGAAAGAAGAAGCGCGAUGAGGAAGAAAGGCCAUUUCCGUACUGUGAUCAGCUGCUGCGAUUGUCUUUGGAUGUCGUAGACGAUUUUUACGAAACGUAUUUCGAUCAUGAUGUGACAAAUAGAAACAAAAAGCGAAGUAAGGCGAGGAGCAAGACGAUUUCAUCGAUGAACCACCCGAUGACAAGUAAAGCAGUUGGAGGAAGUAACAGUGGAACAACUGAAACUCCUUUGUCGCGAACAAGCAGCUCAACUUCGACGGCAUUGCGAGGCAGCACAAGGAACAGACCAAGUAACUGGAUCAAAAUCAAAAGAUUUCUCCGCCUGGCGCAGCUGGAUCUGCUGCGAGAGUUGGCCGGGGACAAUGACGAGAAGCCAGCAAGUCCACGUGGCUCGUCUUCUUCAACAAACGUGAACGAAUUCUGCGACGACAUGACGUAUCAAAAGAUGAAAGAAGUAGAUAGCGCAGCAUUCAAAAAAGAGGUCGUGAGGGCGAAGCCGAUGAAGGCGAAAACAAUACGACAGAAAGUUGAGGAGCGGAUGAAUCUCGGCCGUGCACUCCGCCACAGCAGCGCCACCGCUCAGGAAGAGCAUGGAAUUUGUCAGUCUAGCGCGCUCUUGAAAUUUGCCAAGCGUGGCAAGGAACCCGACCCAGAGCCGAGUCGGGAGAAGUGAAGCAGGGUAACUGCUUUCAUCAAAUAAUAUACAUAGAAGUCAGUGAUGUGCCUAACGAUCCCCAUGAUAAUGAUCGCGAUGUUUUUUAACGUCAGCGUAGAUAUUGAUGUGUGAACCUUCGUGAUCGCGAAUGCGGAAAAUAUGCCCAGAUAGGAAUGAUCCUCAAUCUUGGAUACUUUUUUACGAAACUUUGACGCAAUGUUUUUACAGAUGGAAUUUCUCUCUCACAAGAAAAAAGAUUUUGUUUUUGAACUGUACCGAUGUAGUAACUCGGACGAGACCUCCAUGUCUCUUGUUAAACCGCUGAUGACCAAGACAAACCGGAG